AUGAAUAUUACAACAAAUAUCAAUGAAACGGUACCCAUUCCAUCAGAAGUCCUUGAAUUACAUUCAUUUCUUAAUCGUAGUUGGAUAAUUGAAAUAUCAACCUGUAUAAUAAUCUUAACCCUUUCAUUAUCAUCAAUAAUUAUAGCUAGUUAUACAACAUUAGCAAAACCUCGAAAUGCAUUAGAUCCAAGAAUAGAUAAAGAUACUAAUCCCAAUUAUGAUCCUACUGAUAUGGAUAAUUGUCGAUUUUAUAUUAUGAAUAAAUUAGAUUUAUUAAUUUAUGAUCAAAUUUCUUUAAGUAUGGUAAUUUGUAUGCCAUUUAUUGGAAGUGGAAUGUUGAUUUUAUUAUAUUUUUUGCUUAGGAAUUUUGAAGAUUUGAAUUAUUGGUUAAAUUGGUAUAUUUUAAGUAUAAGUCCCAUGAUGAUUUAUUUUAGUUUAUCAAGUAUAUUUGUAUUGACGGUUAGGAAAUUAAGUCAUAGUUUAUUUGGUAAGAAUUCUUUGAAAUUUAUGAAAAGAUAUCGAAUUUGUGUAAUUGAAGAUCAAGAUGAUUAUCCAUUGGGUCAAUUAGAGUUCUUGCAUGAUGAAAUUAAACCAAAAGAUCGGAAUCAAUUUAAGAAAUAUGUUCAACUGGAAAACUUGACAAUUCUUGAACCAACCUCAAUUGAAUUAAUUCCAGAUACUUAUAAUACCAAUUGGAUAAUAGAUUCCAAAUUCUUAAUAUUAUUCCCCAUAAGUUUAUUAAUAACCGGAAUAUUCUAUUAUUUCCCCAACAAUCCUUUCAUAUUGAAUUUCUUAAGUUUAAAUUACAUCGUAUCAUCCAUAAGUCAAUUACGAUUAAAUCGAUUCAAAUUAGCAUUCUUAUUAUUAUUAGGAUUAUUCGUCUAUGAUAUUUAUUUUGUAUUUGGAACCGAAAUUAUGGAAUCAGUAGCUACACAAAUUACAAUCCCUAUUAAACUAUUAAUCCCGAGAUUUGAUUCAACAUUUAGUAUUUUAGGAUUAGGUGAUAUUAUAAUUCCGGGAACUUUAAUUAGUUUAUGUCUUAGAUUUGAUUUAUAUAAUUAUCAUAAAUCAAACCCUGGGUUGGCUUUUCAUCAUUUAAAUUCAUUCCCAAAACCAUAUUUCAUAAUUAGUAAUAUUAGCUAUGCCAUAGGAUUGAUUAUAACAUUGAUUGUACUUAAUGUAUUCAAAGCGGGUCAACCAGCUUUAUUAUAUCUUGUACCAAGUUUAUUAGUUGGAAUUAUAGGUACAAGUAUUAAACGAAAAGAAUUUACUCAACUUUGGCAAUUCACGGAAGAUAUUUCCGAAUUCAUUCCUGACAAGAAGGAAAAAGAACCACGAGAUUUCAACCUUAAUGAGGAUGAUGAUAACGAAGAUGAAGACGACGAGGAUGACGAAUUUCAAGUUGAUGAAAAUGAAAUUGAACAAUUGGAUGAAAUGGACGAUUGGAUUGAUAGGGUUGAACUUAAACGAAAAGAAUUUGGCAGUGAUUUCGAUACUGAUAUUGAUGAUUUCAUUCAUGAUAAUUUAUAUAAUGAAGAAGACGAUGAUACGUUUGUCAUUGCUGGUGCAAGUACAGCAGAGUACCCUGAGGAGCAUGAUGAUGAUGAUGGUGAAGAUGAAGAUGAUUCAAUUGUUAGAAUAUUGGUGAAUGAUUUACGAAGCGAACCUAAAGAAUGGUAUUCAGAAGAAGAACAUGAAGAUGGAGUGUAG